AUGAUUUGCCAGAAAACACCUCACCAACUGUUGGGUCAUUCAAAGAUAGGUUGUUCUGCUUCUAAUGGGGCUCCCACAACUGGCUCCAGAUUGGAUUUGUACAGCAACGGACGUCGUGAAUCCCUAACAGUUUUGCCUCAAGUGACAUCCAGCCAGGUGAAUGCUGGGCUACUGAAACCAUUGCUUCAGCUCAUCAGUGAGAACUCACAGGGUGUGCCCAAAGAACGGUUGCAAGAACUGAUUAGCCACACUGUGGAUAAGAUGUUUCCUGAAGCUGACAUCUCCACGAAGUUGGGGUUAAAGGAGUUUCUCGCUGAAGAGUUGAGCCACCUGAAUUCCCAACCUGGCAAAUCUGUGCCUUUCUGGAGACAAGGAAGCUCAGUCUCACGUUGUGUUGGUAACCAGACAGAAACUAUGUCUUCGGAUAACUGCUGGGUGUCCCUCUUGAUCUCCUUGCUGCCAGACCUGGACACUGUAGAAGUCUGCAUUAAUGGCAUUCUUGGUCAGCUCACAGAAGCCCUGGUGGCAGAAUUGCAUGGGUUAACCUUUGUGGGCAUCAGCUCCAGCCCAGAGAUGGACGAUGUCCAGCCUGCAGAUAAGUGUGUCCCUGGUCAGUGUGAUACAUUAGCAGGCCAGGAUCUGGCUUGUACAUAUAUAAUAGAGCAGCAAGCACUCACAGCAAAGAGACCUCUUUCAACAGCAUCCAAGGAGAGUGUGUCAGAAACACAACCAUUAUUUGAGGUGAUAGAGCAUGUCAACACUUCUCCAGUUAUUUCCGAUAUUUCUGAGUUCAGCAGUCUGCAGGAUUCACACAGGAACCUGUGUAGAGUUUGUUCACAUCCUGACUUGUACCGCAGUGCCCAUGAAGCAUCCAGCACUUCGUAUUCAAGUGUCCUGUGUGAUAGGCAGUAUGAGAGACCAAGUCAGUGUAUGCUAGGAAAUGCUACUCACAUAAAUAGCCGAGCAAUGGACACAGUCAUAGACAACACUCAUUCUCCUUUACCAUCAGGUAGAAGACGGGUAAAUAUGGUGGAUGAUAGAUCAAAGACAGGUACCUUUUAUGAUUAUCAACAUCUUUUAAAGGCCAAACAUGCAAAUAACCAGGAAGAUGAUGUUUUCUUCAGCACGGAGAUUCAUCAGGAAUGCAAUAAAAAUACUCGAAGUACUAAAGGAGUCCACAAGAGCAACUCGGCUUCUUCUCUGCCCAGCACCACGUCAACUUGUCUCAGCAGCCCAAACAAACCAGUGUUGAAAUCUGCCACCAGAAACACUUGUGGCUCUUCUCAUCCAGACCUUGUCUCCAGCCCAGUUACUGAUCCCUGGACAAGAUCACACUCUGAUCACUGCCAGAAUGCUUAUCUUGCAUGUAGGAGACUGAGCACCUGUGAAACAUCUCAAGCACCAAGGAAGUUAUUGUAUAAUUCUGAAGAGGACUGCACAUCUAUAGAGGAGUGCUUCAGUGAAAUGGAAAAUAGCCUUGUAGCACAAGAUGAUGCUGGAAACGACAACAACCUAUCACAAGAGUCAGUAAAAUGUCACAGAAGACAGCCUCUUAGGGAAAGGCUGUGGAAGAAUGAAAGAACCAGCACAGCAUGUUCAUUGGGCAGUGGUCUGGCUGGUGUAGACACAGUCCCAGAGGAGAGCCAGAGUGCCACAAGUCUGCUUUCUUCCAAGGUUUUUGUCUGGGGCCAUUGA